UGUGUAAUGUAGUAGCAAUAAAAAGGCACUAGUAAUUGAAAAGCAAGUGCAUAGACAAAGAGAGAGAGACUGGUAUACUACUACUACUAGUACUAUCCAUAGCUGUAAUGCUGCAGGUCUGAUUUUUUGCAGACACCCUUCUUGGCACAAGCUCUUUUAACUUUAUCUUCUCGAAUAAUUCUCUCUUUCUUUUUUCACAUUUAUUCAUUUUAUAUUUCUCUCUCUCUCUCUGUGCCAUUGGGAGGAAACUGAAUACCCAUUGUAUUAGUGUGAGGCCUAUCUGCCAGAAUGAUGUGAUUGAACACUACAACACUUGUUUCUUCCCUUCUUCACAAUUCUGAAGCUGAGUUAGUCAAGCCUUCACUUCUCCACUAGUCAUCAUCAUAAACACUUUUAAGCUUUGACAGUAACUUGAUACUACUGUUGCCUUCUUUUAUGCUGCUCUCUUCUUGUUAAGUAAGUUAACAAGAACUUCUCUUUAGAGAAAAACCAACCAUGGCAGCAUUUCAAAGUUGUAAUCUCUUGUCUGAGCUUUUUCUUGUGGGGUUCUUGAUGUUCUUCAGCUUUGGUUCUGUGAAGUCUGAUGAUGGUUCAGCAUUGUUGGAGAUUAAGAAGUCAUUUAGAGACGUGGAAAAUGUGUUGUAUGACUGGACAGACUCUCCUUCAUCUGAUUACUGUGCCUGGAGAGGUGUUACUUGUGACAAUGUCACCUUCAAUAUUGUUGCACUUAAUCUUUCGAGCUUAAAUCUUGAUGGGGAGUUAUCUCCUGCAAUAGGACAGCUCAAAGGCCUAAUAUCUAUUGAUUUAAGGGGAAAUCACCUUUCUGGGCAGAUACCAGAUGAGAUUGGUGACUGUUCAGCACUGAAAAACUUGGACUUAUCUUUCAAUGAGCUUUAUGGUGAUAUUCCCUUUUCCAUAUCAAAACUUAAGCAGCUGGAAUAUCUGAUUUUGAAAAAUAAUCAGUUGAUUGGUCCAAUUCCAUCAACAUUAUCACAGAUCCCAAAUUUGAAAGUCUUGGACCUGGCUCAAAAUAAGUUGAGUGGAGAAAUUCCUAGGCUGAUAUACUGGAAUGAAGUCCUGCAGUAUUUGGGAUUGCGCGGUAACAACUUGGGAGGAUCACUUUCUCCUGAUAUGUGUCAGCUCACCGGCCUGUGGUACUUUGAUGUUCGGAACAAUAGUUUGACUGGUUCCAUUCCUCAAGACAUUGGCAACUGUACUGCUUUCCAGGUUCUAGAUUUGUCUUAUAAUGAGUUGACUGGAGAGAUUCCUUUCAACAUUGGUUUCCUGCAAGUAGCUACCUUGUCUUUGCAAGGUAACCGUCUUUCAGGGCAGAUCCCUUCCGUCAUUGGAUUGAUGCAGGCUCUUGCAGUAUUGGACUUGAGCUGCAAUAUGUUGAGUGGGCGAAUUCCUUCAAUUCUUGGGAAUUUGACCUACACAGAAAAAUUGUAUCUGCAUGGGAACAAGCUAACUGGUUCCAUUCCUCCAGAGCUUGGAAAUAUGACAAAGCUCCACUACCUGGAAUUGAAUGAUAACCAGCUUACUGGAUGGAUUCCAUCGGAGCUUGGAAAGCUAACAGAAUUGUUUGACUUAAAUGUUGCAAACAAUCACCUUGAUGGGCCCAUACCUGCCAAUCUUAGUUCGUGUACCAAUUUGAAUAGUCUCAAUGUUCAUGGAAACAAAUUGAAUGGAACGAUUCCACCUGCCUUUCAGAGGCUGGAAAUGAUGACCUAUCUGAAUCUCUCCUCCAACAACCUCAAAGGCCUAAUUCCAAUUGAGCUUUCUCGUGUUGGAAAUUUAGAUACAUUGGACUUAUCAAACAACAGGAUCAAUGGUUCUAUUCCUUCAUCCCUCGGUGAUUUGGAACAUCUUCUUAAACUGAACCUGAGCAAGAACGAAAUAAAUGGAUACUUGCCAGCAGAAUUUGGCAAUUUAAGGAGCAUCAUGGAGAUUGAUCUGUCAAGUAAUCACCUCUCUGGUCCCAUACCUCAAGAACUUGGCCAGCUUCAAAAUCUGUACUUGCUGAAGGUGGAAAACAACAAUCUAUCUGGAGAUGUGAUGUCAUUAGCCAGUUGCCUCAGUCUAAAUAUCCUAAAUGUCUCAUACAAUAAUCUGGGAGGGAAUAUUCCAACAGGCAAUAAUUUCUCUAGAUUUUCACCAGAUAGCUUCGUAGGAAAUCCUAAUCUGUGUGGAUAUUGGCUCACUUCUCCUUGUCAUGCAUCUCAUCCAGCAGAGAGAGUUUCAAUUUCUAAAGCAGCUAUACUUGGUAUUGCUUUGGGUGCCUUGGUGAUUCUUCUGAUGAUACUGGUAGCAGCAUGCCGUCCACAGAAUCCUGCACCUUUCAUGGAAGGAUCUAUUGAUAAACCAGUUAAUUACUCAUCUCCAAAGCUUGUGAUCCUUCAUAUGAACAUGGCACUUCAUGUUUAUGAGGACAUUAUGAGGAUGACUGAGAACUUGAGUGAAAAGUACAUAAUCGGUUGUGGAGCAUCAAGCACUGUAUAUAAAUGUGUUCUGAAAAAUUGCAAGCCUGUAGCUGUCAAGAAAUUGUACUCUCACAACCCACAAUACUUGAAGGAAUUUGAGACUGAACUUGAGACAGUUGGGAGUAUUAAGCAUCGUAAUCUUGUCAGCCUCCAAGGAUAUUCUCUUUCUCCAUCUGGUCAUCUUCUUUUCUAUGACUACAUGGAAAACGGUAGCCUUUGGGAUUUGCUCCAUGGUCCUACCAAGAAGAAAAAGCUUGAUUGGGGUACUCGCCUUCGAAUUGCAUUGGGAUCAGCUCAAGGGCUUGCAUAUCUUCACCAUGAUUGUAGCCCUCGAAUAAUCCACCGUGAUGUUAAAUCUUCAAAUAUCUUGUUGGACAAAGACUUUGAGGCUCACCUGACUGAUUUUGGCAUUGCUAAAAGCUUAUGCACAUCAAAGACCUAUACAUCCACGUACAUUAUGGGAACCAUUGGUUAUAUUGAUCCAGAGUAUGCUCGCACUUCUCGCCUAACAGAGAAGUCUGAUGUGUACAGCUAUGGGAUUGUUCUAUUGGAAUUGCUCACUGGAAGGAAAGCGGUAGAUAAUGAAUCUAAUCUACACCAUAUGAUUCUAACUAAGGCAGCAAAUAAUGCUGUCAUGGAAACAGUGGAUCCAGAGAUCACAACCACAUGCAAAGAUCUUGGAGAUGUCAAGAAGGUUUUUCAGCUUGCCCUUCUAUGUUCCAAAAGACAGCCCGCUGAGAGACCAACCAUGCAUGAGGUGGCCAGAGUACUUGAAAGCCUAGUACCCGUAGCUGAAACUAAACAGCCAAAUCCAACCCUACCUGCAUUAAUCCCAUCUGCUAAGGUACCUUGCUACAUGGAUGAAUAUGUCAACCUCAAGACACCCCACCUAGUGAAUUGUUCAUCAAUGAGCACUUCAGAUGCCCAACUUUUCCUCAAGUUUGGAGAGGUCAUAUCCCAGAAUAGUGGCUGAAAAAUUAAUUAAGAGUGUUAGAAGCUGGUCUUUAAUUUGGAAGGGAAAGAAACUUGAAGAAUCAAAAUAUCUGGAGAUUUUGUAUAAAAAUGUAGUACCAAUUAUAAUAUUAUUGUAGGGUAGUUGUAGUAAGUUGCAUAGUGGACCCGGCUGCUUUUUCCACUACAUAGGUCUAGUGUGUCUCCAAACUCAUGUAUAAAGAUUUCACUCUUUUACACUUACCAAAUUGGAAGGUAGUAUUAAUAUUGGUUUUGGGACCACUGAUGGCUGAGCAUGGACUGUACUGUUUGUAAGAUUUUUGGCUCACACUUUGAGGUGGCCUUAGCACUGCAUGCAUCUGUGUAUAGCAAUAAUGGAUUUGUGGACCUUAGUUUGACAGUCUGCUGCUGUUGGUUCAUUAAUUUGGUGGACUGUUUCUCUGAAACAUUGACUCUGAAAUAAUUAUACUAAGAUUUUAAUUAUUGAUUC